CGGAUCCCCGCCUGGCAGCUCCCGCCCGGCGGAUCCCCGAGGAUUACAAGGAGCCGCUCGCCCCGUCCCGGACGCUGCCGAGGGCCGCCCGGAGGGAGCGCAGCGCCCCGCGCCCCGCUGCCCGGAGCCGUCCCGCGGGGGCCCUGAGGAGCCGGGGGCUGCCGGGACCAUGGCGUCGGCGGACGGUGCCAACAAUAUGCCUAAGCAAGUAGAAGUGCGGAUGCAUGAAAGUCAUUUGAGUCCAGUGGAGCACAGAUCCAGGAACAUAUGUGUGCAGUUUUGCCAGUCGCUCCGCAGGAAUCUGCUCCUGACUCUUACUGUAUUCGGUGUCAUCCUGGGUGCACUAUGUGGGGGUCUUCUUCGUCUAGCAACACCAAUUGACCCUGACAUCAUCAUGUUAAUAGCCUUCCCAGGAGAUAUACUUAUGAGGAUGCUAAAAAUGUUGAUCCUCCCUUUAAUUAUCUCCAGUUUAAUCACAGGACUGUCUGGUUUAGAUGCUAAAGCGAGUGGCCGAUUGGGAACAAGAGCCAUGGUCUACUACAUGUCCACCACUAUUAUUGCUGCCGUGCUGGGUGUGAUUCUGGUUUUAGCUAUCCAUCCAGGGAAUCCAAAACUCAGGAAACAGCUAGGUCAAGGGAAAAAGAAUGAUGAAGUAUCUAGUCUGGAUGCCUUCUUGGAUCUGAUACGAAACCUGUUCCCUGAAAAUCUAGUCCAAGCGUGUUUUCAGCAGAUCCAAACUGUUACCAAGAAAGUGUUGGUGCCACCACCCAUUGAAGAACCACCGAAUGUUACUGAUGCUGCUUUUGCUAUAAUGAAUGAGACAGUGCGCGAAGCACCAGAAGCCCAGCUGGUCAUUAAGAAGGGACUUGAAUUUAAGGAUGGCAUGAAUGUCCUGGGUUUGAUAGGAUUCUUUAUUGCUUUUGGCAUUGCUAUGGGGAAAAUGGGAGAACAGGCCAAGAUGAUGGUGGAUUUCUUCAACAUUCUGAAUGAGAUUGUAAUGAAGUUAGUAACUAUGAUCAUGUGGUAUUCCCCUUUGGGCAUUGCUUGCCUCAUCUGUGGAAAAAUCAUUGCAAUCAAGGAUUUAGAAGUAGUUGCUAGACAACUUGGCAUGUACAUGGUAACAGUGAUCGUGGGUCUUGUCAUCCAUGGAGGGAUCUUCCUGCCUCUGCUUUACUUUGUGAUAACGAGGAAAAGCCCCUUUUCAUUCCUUGCUGGGAUUUUCCAGGCAUGGAUCACAGCACUAGGCACAGCUUCCAGUGCUGGAACAUUACCUGUCACGUUCCGGUGUCUUGAAGAAAAUCUAGGCAUUGAUAAACGUGUAACAAGGUUUGUUCUUCCUGUUGGAGCAACAAUUAACAUGGAUGGAACUGCCCUUUAUGAGGCUGUGGCUGCCAUCUUCAUAGCACAGAUGAAUGGAAUUGAGCUGGAUGGAGGCCAGAUAGUUACUGUGAGUUUGACCGCCACCCUUGCAAGUGUUGGAGCUGCCAGUAUUCCCAGUGCGGGACUCGUCACUAUGCUUCUGAUCCUUACUGCAGUGGGUCUCCCUACCCAGGACAUCAGUUUGCUUGUUGCUGUUGACUGGCUUUUGGACCGGAUGAGAACGUCAGUCAAUGUAGUGGGGGAUUCUUUUGGUGCUGGCAUCGUCUACCACCUUUCCAAGGCAGAACUUGACAGCAUUGAUUCUCAUCAUAAAGGGCAUGAAGACAUUGAAAUGACCAAGACUCAGUCAAUCUAUGACGACUUGAAAAAUCAUAGGGAAAACAACUCAAACCAAUGUGUUUUUGCAGCUCACAACUCAGUCAUAGUAGAUGAAUGCAAGUUUAUCCAGCAUGGGGAAUUUCAGCUGUGUCUUUAAGUUUUCAUUUGAAGCCGAGGAUGUUAACCUACAAGGUAACACUGGCAACCAAUGGCAAAUCUGCAGACUUCAGUGUGGUUGAAGAAGAGCCUUGGAAACAUGAAAACUAAGGGAAGAGAUUCCCAGCUCCAUCUUUAAUAAGCCCUGAAGCUCUCUUCUGGUAAAAGAUACCAUGAUUAAGGAAGAUUUCUCUCUCUCUUUUUUUUUUUUUUUUUAAUUUAACAUCUACAGUUUCUGCUUACUUAAUUUCUUAACUGAAACUUAGCAAAGAUCUCAUAAAGUCAUUGUAGCGUCUUUGCCAAACAAUGAUCCGUAACCAUCUGUCUCCCUUGUGUUACUGUUUGGAUGAUGCAGCUGGAGAAUACUCCAUGCAGUGCAAUGUGCUCUCACCCGCCUCCCUGUUCAUUCAAGACACAGAGAAUGUAAAUGCUGCGAAAUGGGAAGAUCGCAAUGCCAGUACAGUUCGCUACAGGGACUCAGGGUCACAAAUUGUUUCAGAUAAAUAUAACUUCAUGCAGACCUCCAAGUGUUUCAGUGACUCUUGUGGCACACCUGAUCUAGUUGGCACUGCAUGGCUAAAAUAGCUUUUGAAAAUGCCCACAAAGAUUUCUAUUUGUUACAAGAAUAAGAAGAACCUGGCACAGGAAGCACCGAAUUUUUGUGCCUACUUGUACUUCAGACUGAACUUAGAUCCAGGGGCAAGGUUAAUGUAUGGAAGUCAAUAAAUCAUCCCAGACCUUUUGUUAGAUUAGUACAACUAAUACUUGACAUUAAGACAAGACCUUAGAUUUGCAUGUACAUAUGAUAUGUUUUUGUCAGCUGUCCCAGGGCAGGUGCAGCUCCAUUUUAUUAUGGGUCUGUGCUGCUCUGUGACCACAGUGUAUCAGAUAAUACAAGGCAGUAUUAUUGCAGGGUGUAAUAGUUCUUAAACCAAUGUCUGAUGUACAAAAUAUAGAAUACCAUGGGCUCAGUUAUGUCAUUCUUAGUCCAAGCAGGUAGCAUCUUACUCUUCACCCUGCUCCACUGAAGUCUGAGGGAUUACUCGUGUGGAAGGGGAGGCUCAAGUAAGGUACUACUAAGCGUGAGCAAGGAUGUCAUGAUUGGGUACCUGAUAAUGAUCUAUAAAAAAAAAUCUGAAUAUAUUACACUAAAUAAUUGGGAGUUUUGAAUGUAAUCAUCAGUAGCAUUUGACUUGAAGUGUAUGUCUUCCAAGUUCAUGUCAUAGGUCAGAGAAUGGCUAAAUCCUGAAAUAAUUACUAAGCCAAAUUCCUUAUUAAGGUCAGUGGAAUUUGGCCAGGGCCAGAACUGAAUGAAGAAUACGCAAGAAUUACAGGAUUUAGACCAAUGUGUUGAAUUACUUCUCUCUUUCUCUGUUUUGUAGAGUAAUGAUUCAUAUACAUUUCUAAUGUCAGAGAAAUGUUUCUUAGAGCACCUGGCAUCUGAAUUAACAAGAUGGUGUUUUGUCAACAUAAUAUAGCUGACUCAUCCUGUCAGGAGAAAUUACAGCCACAAUAAUCACCUUGUGAAGUGUUUUCUAAAGGUGCUUGUUAAUAUUCUGCAAUGUUCAGACACUGGUGAACGCCUCUGUACUACUAGCAAUGUUCUAUAGCGCAGCUGAGCCAAGCAGCCCUGGGAGGCUGCACCCACAGAGCGAGCCCUGUGCAGUGUCUGGGGGAGCUCGCAGAGGUUCUCAGAGUGACUCUGAGUACGAGCAUACCGUGAGCUUAGACAUGGCCGAGAACAGAGCUGAAACAUUUAGGGACACACGCCAUUGAGUGUCUGUGCAUGGACUUUUUGUGGGUGUAAGCAGGAAUAAUGUGUUGAACUGUGGAGUGGUAUAUGGCUCUGUAGAAGCUAUUAAAAUAUAAAUAUAAUCUGCUUUUGCUCAUCUG